UGCCUGGAUUCCCCAAGGAUCUGUGCACUGAGAAGCUGUGUCCCUUAAGCAGGAGUUAAUUCUCAAGCUGAAUCUUAAAUUAGCAUUUUUUCCCAAUUUCCACUGUGGACCAACAUUAGGAGAGGGACUUGAGGGACUUCUCCCACAUGGCAGGAGGGAGAACACCAGGCUCGUCAUCCUUCUCCUAUACACUAUAUGAUCUGAUUACCAGGGAAAAAAACUAAGGAGCAAAAACAAAGGAAAGCCCAUCAGAUUUUGAAAUACCAUCAGCACUAAAAUGUCUUAGAAGCAUUCAGCAAGUUAUAAAAUGUCUUAGAAACUGUGGCCGAGUUCCUCAGGUAUCGUGGGCAUGAUAUGCUCACAGAUAUCAUUUGAGCUAUUCCAAACUAGGCCGAACUAGGCCUCAGGCCUGGGUCUAGUAGGCCGCAGAACGUUCAGCAUACGUGGUAGCAGAUAAACUUAUCUGCUACUAGGAAUGUGUUAAGGUAUGGACACUCGCAGCAUAGAGGUAAUGGCAUUAAGUCUCCGUAGCUACCUUAACCCUGGAUUGUUUACAUGCUUCUGUAUGUCCACUGCCUAUCACAGUGCACCUGCUAACUGUAAACUAUUCACUCUGUAUAUAAUCCGCCAUCUUGCGGAAAUAAAUUGGAGUGCGUGCUGGAAACCAUACUGGUUGGUCUCACGUUACUCUAGUCCCCGGUUUUACCAGAGCUCAGCUACAACUGGGGCCUGAACAUGGGCUGAGCACUGGAUGAAUACUGAAAUAUAAGGCUUAGAUGCUGGAUUAUAGGGCUUUGAUGCUGGAUUAUAGGGCUUAAAUGCGGAAAAGACCCUGCUUGAUUUAGGGGUGUGUGUACCGCUUGCGGACUCCUAUCCUAGAUUUGCGGGGCAGGCCGGGGAGCUUCGGCUGAUUGGAUUGCUUAGAAAGGCUACAGUGCCACCUGCUGUCAGCGGAGAGAAGGAGAAGCAGGACCUGUCUGGGUGCCGAGUCGCUUUACCCGUGCGUGUCCGCAAGAAAAGAUACCAACCGGCGGUGACACUCCUAGAGACACUCACAGAGACAGCGACGACUUACCUGAAGCACCUCAAGAAGACACAGAGAGUGCUGAAAAUUGACUGUUUUAAUAAUAUCAUUGCACUGCAAUAGCUUGACACUUAGAGACACGAUAAGUUAUUGGUUAAGGUUUUAAGUUAAUAGCCUGUGUGCUACACUGUUUGCUUUUCACAAUGGGUGAAAUGUUAAGCAUGAGGGUGUUUGUUUUAAUCAGCGUGGUAGUAGAAACAAGAGCAGGGAUGUUUAACAUUGACACGAGGGAGAACAUGUGGGUUACUUGGGCCAAACAAACUAAACAGGAUUCCUUUUGUUUAUCUCUAGCUACGCCGUCUAAUCCUUUUAGAACUUGCUUGAUUGGAGUUCCACUGACCUCCAUGGCAGAGUUCGAGUUUUCAACCCCUGUCAGCAUUGACCCAAAAGGUGCUUUAGGGCCACAAGCUGCUGCCAUAGCGCGAAACCUUAGAACUGCUGGUCCAGAGCCUCAGGAGUUUGAUCUUUUAGGUUCUGUGCCAGGAAACUAUUGUCUUGUCUUUGGGUGCUUUGCAGUAAAUUCAAGUCUAUUAAUCAUAGACGAGCAGCAGUUGAAAAGCCAUGAUACGUGGUUGUCUCCUCAUUCACCAUUGUAUUACAAUUACACUGAGUAUUGUAAUAAUUGGGUCAGAUCUGUCACACAAUUGACAACAGCUGCUAAGAGAUUGCCACCAGGAAUCUUUCUAGUUUGUGGAGCUAGAGCAUGGUCCACAGUACCUCCAAACAGUGUAGGAGGACCGUGUUAUUUUGGUAAACUAACCCUGUUCGCACCUAGUAUUCACCAGGUUCUAGGCUUGCCACAAAAGGCCCGACGAAUCAAACGCAGUAUGUCUCAACUAGGCCCCAACUGCAGAGAUCAAGUUAAGUUAUGGCAGCCUGCAGCCGUGAUCUCAGCAUCCGUUUUUGCCCCAGGAGUUGCUUCAGCGCAAGCCCUCACACAACUGAAACAUUUAGCCUGCUGGACAGGAAAACAGAUUAAUAUAACGACGAAGUUGUUGAGUGAGCUUGCUGAAGAUGUUAGUGGCAUUCGCCAUUCAGUGCUCCAAAACCGAGCUGCGAUUGACUUCCUUCUUUUGGCUCAGGGGCAUGGAUGUGAAGAGUUUGAAGGCAUGUGCUGCAUGAAUUUAUCAGACCACUCACGGUCGAUACAUCACCAGUUAGCGCAGUUGAGGGACAACAUGAAACACCUUGUAGUUGAAAACACUCCGUUUGACAAUUGGCUGAAGUCUUGGAAUCUCACUGGGUGGAUUGUGGAUUUAAUUCGUUUUGGUAUAAUGAUUUUUAUUGCUGUCAUAGUAGUUUUAAUAAUAGUGCCUUGCUUAAUACAAUGUAUGCGCAAAUUAGCCAGCUGUGCCUUAACGUCGGUUUGGAUAGCCCAAAAAGAAAAAGGGGGAACUGUGGCCGAGUUCCUCAGGUAUCGUGGGCAUGAUAUGCUCACAGAUACCAUUUGAGCUAUUCCAAACUAGGCCGAACUAGGCCUCAGGCCUGGGUCUAGUAGGCCGCAGAACGUUCAGCAUACGUGGUAGCAGAUAAACUUAUCUGCUACUAGGAAUGUGUUAAGGUAUGGACACUCGCAGCAUAGAGGUAAUGGCAUUAAGUCUCCGUAGCUACCUUAACCCUGGAUUGUUUACAUGCUUCUGUAUGUCCACUGCCUAUCACAGUGCACCUGCUAACUGUAAACUAUUCACUCUGUAUAUAAUCCGCCAUCUUGCGGAAAUAAAUUGGAGUGCGUGCUGGAAA